UGACGUUCUUUAACCCCGUGGCUUUAUGAAAGCCGAUAUAGGGGCAGUAUCCGCACGUCCAGAAGGUGUUUCCGAGGUAUUAUAUAUAGUCAAGUAGCAGGAGCUGGUUUUGGAGGAGUCAGACUUACCUCAUCGGGCUUUUUGUGAUUGAGCUGCUUCCCGACUGGUCGUCUCCCGCUCCUCCGCCAGCGACAACAACACAAGCCACGGGGACGAGCCAGCGGACGUAACGCUAGCCAAGAGGGGAAGUGGGCUCCGUCUUCUCUUUCAUCGGGCAGAUGCUCCCAGCCGCCCAGCUUGACAGGAGUGAUGGGAUGUGUCAACUAGGAGAGGAACUCCUUGAUGAUGAUAUUGGACUGAGGGAUCCGUCUGCAGUGUUCACACCAGAGCAGAGAGACAUAGGAGGGACCGAGGAGGAAGAAGAAGACAUUGACGAAGAAAAGAUGGGAGUGGGGAAGAACACCACUGCCAAAUCGAUGGACAGCAGCAGCGAGGGCGGAAAAUAUGAAGAGGAGGCCAAACAUGGAGCCGAUUUUUAUCCUAUUCCAGUUGUGGUAAACGGAGUUGGCGGAGCCACCGGAGAUCAGGACACUGAGAACACCGAGUUGAUGGCAAUCUACACCAAGGAUAAUCAAGCAGCAGAGAAGAGCUCAAUUUCAGAGACACUCGACAGCACAGACAGCAUGGAUGUGAGAAGGAUGGACAUGAUCUAUACCAUUGAAGACACCCCACCCUGGUACCUGUGUGUGUUCUUAGGCUUACAGCACUACCUGACGUGUUUCAGCGGGACCAUCGCCGUCCCGUUCCUUCUCGCAGAGGCCAUGUGCGUCGGCUUUGAUCAGUGGGCCACCAGUCAGCUCAUCGGGACCAUCUUCUUCUGCGUCGGCAUCACUACCCUGCUGCAAACGACGCUGGGCUGCAGGUUGCCUUUGUUCCAGGCCAGUGCAUUUGCUUUCCUUGCGCCAGCCAGAGCCAUCCUGUCUUUGGAGAAAUGGAAAUGUAACAGCACAGCAGAGCGUCCGUUCCUGAACGGGACAGAGCUUCUGCACACCGAGGACAUCUGGCACCCCAGGAUACGUGAGAUCCAGGGUGCGAUCAUCGUGUCGUCCCUGAUCGAAGUCUGCAUUGGAGCUCUGGGUUUGCCCGGGAUGCUACUGAAGUACAUCGGGCCCCUGACCAUCACUCCCACCGUGGCCCUCAUCGGGCUCUCGGGCUUCCAGGCUGCAGGCGAGAGGGCUGGAAAACACUGGGGCAUCGCCAUUCUGACUAUAUUUUUGGUGCUGCUCUUCUCUCAAUACGCCCGAAACGUUCACUUCCCCUUGCCGAUCUACAAAGCUAAGAAAGGCUGGACGUCCUACAGGCUGCAGGUUUUCAAGAUGUUCCCGAUCAUUAUGGCCAUUUUGGUGUCAUGGCUGCUGUGCUUCAUUUUUACGGUGACUGACGUUUUCCCACCGGAGGAGAACAAGUACGGUUUCUACGCCCGCACUGAUGCACGUCAGGGAAUCCUGAAAGCUGCGCCGUGGUUCAAGAUCCCCUAUCCCUUCCAGUGGGGGACUCCCACCGUCACGGCUGCAGGUGUGAUCGGCAUGAUGAGCGCCGUGGUGGCCAGCAUCAUCGAGUCGAUCGGCGACUACUAUGCCUGCGCUCGCCUCUCCUGCGCUCCUCCACCGCCGAUCCACGCCAUCAAUCGGGGAAUAUUUGUAGAGGGCAUUUCCUGUGUGCUGGACGGCGUUUUCGGGACAGGAAACGGUUCCACCUCCUCCAGUCCGAAUAUCGGUGUCCUGGGAAUUACAAAGGUGGGCAGCAGACGUGUGAUCCAGUACGGCGCCGCCAUGAUGCUGCUGCUGGGGCUUGUGGGUAAAUUCAGCGCCCUGUUUGCCUCUCUGCCCGACCCGGUCCUGGGCGCUCUGUUCUGCACGCUGUUUGGGAUGAUCACGGCGGUGGGCCUCUCCAACCUGCAGUUUGUCGACCUCAACUCGUCCAGGAACCUCUUCGUCUUGGGCUUCUCCAUCUUCUUCGGUCUUAUGCUGCCCAGCUACCUGAAGCAGAAUCCGCUGGUCACCGGUAUAGUUGAAGUCGACCAAGUGCUCAACGUGCUGCUCACCACUGCUAUGUUUGUUGGAGGUUGUGUUGCCUUUAUUUUGGACAAUACUAUACCUGGUUCCCUGGAGGAACGUGGCAUCAGGAAGCUGAACCGAGGAACCGGCCUCAGCACCGCCGAACUCGAAGGCAUGAGCUCCUACGAUCUGCCUUUUGGAAUGGCCUUCUUCCGCAGACAUGCCGUCUUCAAGUACAUCCCCAUCAGCCCCGUGUUCACCGGCUACCGCUGGGGGCGGCUUCAGGAGGGCGGCAGGCGCCGGAUGGGACACGGGGACGUGGGGAAGCGGGGCGGGGCUGAGGGCGGCAACACGCCAGGGGAAAGUCGGGUAUAGCCCUCGUCCUGGGAGGGAUCUUAGAUUUUCAGGGGGCGAGGGAUGGUACACUAAGGUGAAAUGUUGGGAGCACAGACAGAAGCUGAGCAGGAUUGUGUGGAAGGAAAGAAUACGUUGCACCAACUUCCCCGUCGGUAUCAGUUUUCUUCGACUUGUCUGUGUCUUUCCCCACUUCCCUCUAUGCUAUUUUCAAGCAUGCUGUAGCAAGUCACAGCAUGCGUUAAAAAGAUGUCACCAUGCAGAGGUCAGUCAGUCUGUGUGUGUGUGUGUGUGUGGAAGGAUAAAACAAGCUUCUUUCCAGAAGGAGACUAAUGGAUAUCAAAUCAGAGCCUGCGUCUCCUAACUGCUGCUAAUUUACUCUCCCUGAAUCUGCUCAUAGGAGACCUUCUACUAAAAGCACAGCAGGGUGGAUAAUGUUGCCUCUAAACUUUGUUAUGCAACCACAUUAGUCACUCACACACAAACACAGACGGCCUCAGUAGAAGUAGUUUGAGCGCUACGAUGCACGAUGUGGGGUCAUGCAGACUGAUAGAAGUAGUUUGUCAGAUGCCCUUAGCCAUGCAAAGUGAUUGUGAGAUUUAUUUUUACUUUUUUGCACUAUCUGCCUCCUGAUUUUAAUACUAGAAUGUCAUUUUAAAGCCGAGUCGUUUUCUUUAUUCAUUAGCAUCGGAACCAAAUCCCCUUUUUUUUUUUUUUUUUUACAUAUAAUGAGGAUAAAUCCCAAACAUUUAGGCAAAAUUAUCACCUUUAGUACUAGUUUACAUCUCCUUACCGUGUCAGUAUUAUGCAGAAGAAACUGACAGUCAGACCGACUUUAUGGAGUUGAAUUAGUGACUCUAAAUGGAGUUAAACAGAGUUUGGUUAUAUUUAUUUGUUUUACAUGUCAACCUGACAUUUUCAGAAGCUCUGACGACGCACACGGCAGCAGACGCGUGGCCUUGUGGUGCAGCCUUCAUGUAGCGUAUUCAGUAGCGGGUUAACUGAAUGCUCCACAGGCGCCACACAUUCCUGAUUCCAUGUCUGGGUUUGGUCACUUAUUCUUGUUUUUUCUUUUUUUAGUAGCAAGGUGCUGCUGUUUAAGUUUACUUCCCUGAAUCAAAUCCUGACUUUCUGUUGUUCUCAUUACUACGGCGCCCCCUAGGGGACAUGGGGGAUUUUCUAAAAUAUUUUUUUGUUUUGCAUUACCUCGCAAAAGUAUUGUAUUCCUUCGCAAUAGAUUACAGUCAGAGUGAUGACAAAUGUCGGUUUAAAAUUACACACACAAACUCUUAAAGAGUCUCGGUGAAAACGUGUUUAUAUAUUUUUAACUCUUUGGUGCAGAAAAUUUGUUUAUAAUCAACCUACUAACUGUGUUCAUUUUUGUUUCCGAAAUAUCUUUCAGUGGAGAUGGAACUGCACAUGAAAAUGACCUUUUAUUAACCAUUUUAAAAACACACAACCUAAACUAUCAGAUGGCAAUAUAACUCAUUGAAAAUAAUAGUUUGGAUGUAUUUUUAAUUUCUUUCAUUCAAGUUUCUCUUUAGGUUUUAAACAGGGAUAGAAAUCCCAUGUUUGAUGUUUGGUUGUGGGGCAUUUGUAUCCCAAAGAUGUAAAACUUCAGAUAUCUCACAAAUUAGAUAUUAACUUGCAUCUAAAAGCCUUACAAAAACCUUAUAUUGUAGCAGAAAGACCCUGAUUAUUCAAAAUGCUGCAUGAACUGACUAUCAAAUACAUUAUUGUGAGAGAAUGCAAUACUUCUGCAAGAGAACUCCAAAUAAACUUCUCCAUGUCUCUUAGGGGCUCCGUACAUUAAAAUGCACUGUAGAAAUAUUAAAAUAUUGAUACUUACAUUUUAAAUUUUUUUCAUAUGAAAACCACAAACUUUAAUGGUUUUAUGUGAUGGAAGAACACAGAUUAGGGACUAAUUCAGAGUUUGAAAGAAAUGAUUGAUGAUUUCAAAAGGUUUUUAUGAAUAAAAACCUGAAAAGUGUGGCCUGCUUGAAUAUUCACCACCUCUGAUUCAAUACUUUCAAAGCCACCAGUUGCAGCUGCAGGUUUUUGGCCAGUUCUGCUUUGCUUGGAUGGCUAAAGGUCAGAUUGGAUGGAAAUUAUCAAUGAACUUUGCUCCACACUUUUCAGAUUUUUAUUUGUAUUAAAUAAAUUGUUGCUUCAUGAAAAAUGUGUUAAAGUUUAAGUGAUGUGAAUGGCUUUAUGCCGUUACAAAAUAUGAAUCCCAGCUGAGAGUUUAUCAAACCAAAAUUUACAUUUUUGCUUCUUUUUGUUGUUUCCAGUUUUCCUGUUACAGAAAACCAAAAUUUUAAAAGUUUUAGCAUUUGUUACUACUGAGAUCCUUCAGCACUUAUUUCUUUUAUUAUGGCAGUUUUUUUUAUUUAUUUAGGUGUUAUUUUGCAGGUUAGUUUUAAACCGUAUCUUGAGUUUACAUCCCCUGAUCCGAUAAUCUCUGGCUUCAGCACCUUGUUUGUUUAGUCGUUUUUAUUGUCAGAUUUAUUUUGCUUCUAUUCCAUUCCAUUUAUAGGUGCUUGUAUUUUAAGCCAGGAAAAUGAAACAUUCAGAAGUUUUUCAAUUUUAAGCGCUGGGGCCUUUUUGUUAUUUUUUAUUUUUUUAUUUUUUUUUUUACUGCAAGUGCUUGCACAUAAAGUGGUGCCAACAACAUCAGGGUCCAAAUAGGCAACUCCCACUAAACUGGACUCUAAAAUGUCCUCCUUCAGUAGGUGUUAAAACAUUUUAUUAAAUGACCUGAACACGAGUCGCUGAAUGUCUUCUAAGGGCCUUUUUUUAUUUAUUGAUUGUAGGAUCUGAUUAUAGAUUCUGUCCUGUAGUGACUUCACUGAUUUCACUUUUAAAAGUUGUUCUUCCAUUUUAUCCAGAAGUGAUUCAAUCUCUAAAGACUUUAAUGCUAACGUUAAACAUCCAACACAGACGCUGCUUACGUGUGUUCGGUUCUUGCUGGGAUGAGUUCUUCUACAGACACUCGGAACAAAACGUAUUGAAACGCAGUUAUCGCAAUGUGAACUGCAAACGACCUGAAAGUGUCCCGCAUGCGCAGUAAAGGACGCAAUAGCGACAGAGCAUUCUCAUUGUUUUGCUAACCGCCAUAAAGAAGAAGCUGCUCAUUGUUUGCGGAAGUAAACAUCAAUGCUAACGGUGUAGCAUGUCUUGCCAUUUAGAGGUUAUUGUCCAAUCGGAGCAGCAUAUUAACAACGUCAUCCUCAUUACCGCCCGCAGAAUAGUGACGUUUGCCGAGUAUCAUUGACGUUCAGGUCUGAUGAACGUGACUUUACAGUUCAUCCGACAUUCAAAUGUGAUUCAGGUCACAUUUGAAAAGAUCAGAUACGUAUCGGAUAUUCAGGUCGCAUUCGAAAAAAAUCCGACCUGUGUUGCUCGGACCGUCAUGAAAAGAUGAGAUACAGGUCGCAUUAAGGCAAAAAAAAUUGCGUCACUUUGGGCUGCCCUGUGAAAGUAGUCUCAUUAAUCUGAUGAUGUGCCGCCAUGUUUGAACUAAACAUUAGGUUGGAUGGGAUCUGAUUAUCAUCCUGGAUAAGAUGGAAGAAACAAACGAGAGAAAAGAUGACCAUCGUCUCCGUUUAGAGAAUUUUAAAACAAGCAAACCAUCGGUGACGACCAGUUUAUUCACCCACCAGCUAGUGGUGAGAAAGUAGAGAUACAAUUGGUGUUUUACGACUCCUUUUCGCAGUGAGUUCCUCAUAAUCUUCUCCCUGUCUUUCACCGUUUCCCAAAAUGCACCUUGCACAUCUCCCGUCAUGUUGUCCCUCAUUGUCUCCUUGUCCCUCGCCACUCCCUCAGUCCUGCAGUGAAACUGAAUUCAGUCCCGUCUGUUUGGUGUACCUGGUUUUCUCUCCUGGGGAUCCUCACUGUUCAUGUUUCUGACUGCAGGAGGAGACACCUGCUGGUCACCUUGGUAAGAGCCGGCUGCUAAUCGGCAGCUGAGUGAACCUGCCUUAUCUCUGACGGACGCCGUUAGUUGGUCUCUGUGCCUAAAAGCAGCUUCCUUUUUCACCUUUGGCUCCCAACUUUAAAGUUUUUAUCCUCGUUUCUGUCUGAUAUUCAGAGUCCGAUUACAUGUAGUUGUUGCAGCAGCAGCCCAGUUAGAGUAAAAGCCGCCGGCGUUCUGGUUUAAAGUCCAUUCAAGUCAAAUGCAGGCUCUUAAGGUUGCCACAAGGUGACAGACAUUGAUCCCUUUCAGUUAUUUUGAAGGGGGCUCUGCCUGAAGAUUAUACUUCUGUGUAAAGUGUUUUAUCUUUUUCAAUGUUUGUUUUUUUUAUACAUCAUUUUUAUGUUUUUGCAAACAGAUAUUUGUAAAGAUGAAAAAAAAAAAAUCCAAACUUUUAAUCUUAAAUCAUGCUGGAACGCGCACCGUCUUGUACAUUUCAUUUAAAACGUCAACACAUUUAAAGCUGUUUGUGAUCUGUGGUUUUGGUGAAAUCCUUUUGUCUGUUUAGGACCUUUUUCAUACUGUAUUUUUUCUACUCUUUGAACAUUGCUUUCUGCUCAUGUUACACCCCACCAGUAUAAAUCAAAGAACAAGCUGAGAAACUUUAGACAUAAAGACGAAACAGAAACAUGUAUAUUUAAUGUUUGCUGAAGUUUGGCGGAGAAAUUGUGUAAACUAAUUGUAACAUUAAAAAUGAUUUAUUUGUUCCUAAAACUAUUUAAUAAGAUGUUGCAGAAUAAAUCAGUCUUUUUGUCUU